UGCCUUGUACUUACCGCGGAAUGCAUCUUCGUGACGGAGAAUCGUUCCAUGAAACCUGUAAUUUUUGCAUUUGCAAAGAGGGAGAAGUACAUUGCGACGAUUCCUUGUGUGAUGAAGAGAAACCUGGGACUUGCCCAGAGCAAAAUGGUGGAGUUGGAACUUGUGUUACCGAAUGCAGGCAUGAUACAGAGUGUCCGGGAUUAGAGAAAUGUUGCAGUAAUGGAUGUGGGGAUGUUUGUCGUUUACCACAAGAAGAAAAUAAUCCAUCAUCCUGUUACUUCGAAGACGAUUGGCAUGGAGAUGGUCAAAUAGUCCAUUCUGGUUGCGGAAGCUGCUUUUGUACAAACGGAUCAGUUGUUUGCAGAACCCCAAUAUGUCCAAGAGUUAAUUGUUAUAACCCGGUUUAUGUUGAAUCCGAAUGCUGCCCUAUUUGUCUUGAACAUCACACCAGUCCCGGAGAAUGUCCCCCUAAUAUGCCAAGUACAUGUGCUAAUGAAUGCCUCGACGACUAUCAUUGUGACUCAUCUAGAAAGUGCUGUUCAACAGGUUGUGGAUCAAUUUGUUUGGAACCUUUUGCAUUAGAUCACGAAGGAAUGUGUCCUUUCUUGGCCAACGAUGGUCUUGUGUACACCCAUGAAACAGAAUGCCAGAGAGAUGACCACUGUGGCCCAGAAGAAAAGUGUUGCUUUGAUUUAUAUGGAACAAAAGCCUGUUUGGAAUCUAUACCAGAAGAUGUGUGUAACCCAAACCCUUGUCAAAACGGCGGUACUUGUAUAGGAUUUGAGUGGUAUCCGUGUGUCUGUACAUAUGGUUUUGGUGGAACUUAUUGCGACAGAGACGACCCCUGCACUUCGAGACCAUGUAUGAACGGCGGCAGCUGUAUAGCAGGUAUCUUUGAUUACGGUAGUUAUUACUGGAGUUUUAGCGAUAGUGAGGGUGAUUCGCUCUGCUGGUGCCUUCCAGGAUAUGCAGGCGAUUUUUGCGAAAUUGAUUUGUGUUUCCCGGAUCCAUGUCAAAACGGAGGUACUUGCUCGGGAUAUGAAACGCUACUUUGUUACUGUCCAUACGGCUAUAGCGGGGACCAUUGCGAAGAAGCGGCAUAUGGUGGCUUGAAAUGGAGGGCGGGGGACGCCGCUGAUGGCGGCGCAAAGUGGUGCCGUGGUAAUGAUGAUGACAAUAAAAAAGAAAUAUUCAAUUAUUAUAAUAAAGAAAAUGUUGAUGUGUUUCUUCUAGAGGGUCAAUAUAGCUCGGAUUGGACUUUUCCGUUCAUUUCCAUUACCCCGGGCUAUUCUGAGGCAACAUAUUCUCCGGAUUUUUCAUCACUGAGCAGUGAAGAGGAAAGUAGUUUUUAUGAGGACCCGUGCGAAUCUAACCCAUGCUUAAACGGUGGCACGUGUGAACACAUCGGCUACUACUACCCUUACUCUCCAUAUUACUGUGAAUGCCUUCCUGGCUUCAGUGGCACUACAUGCGAACAAGAUAUCAGGUGCGAUUAUAACUAUUGUGAUAACGGAGGAACAUGCGUGAUGUACGAAUAUGGUUAUAGUUAUUGUUAUUGUCCAGAGGAUGUGACAGGAGACUUUUGCGAAUACACACCUUGCAGCGGUAAACCUUGUCUGAAUGGUGGAAAGUGUAACCCCUUCCAUGGUGAUGCCUACACCUGUACUUGUCCUCCAGGUACAUCCGGGGAUAACUGCCAAUUCCAUGAUGAAGCCGUUUGUGCUGAUUCACCUUGUAAGAAUUAUGGAAGCUGUAUGGAAUUUCAAAAAGCUGCCGAUUGUUCGUGCGUUUCCGGAUUUACUGGAAGAUUCUGUGAGAUCGCCGUUAAGGAGACUGUGUGCCCAGACGGAACGCCUCCAGAUACCUGCUUAUUUGACCCAUGUCACGUUGCUAAAUGUCCGAAGAACCCAGAUGCUCGCUGCUCAUCUAACUACUGCGGAUGCAUCGCAGAAUAUUAUGACAAAGAUGGCACUAUGGUAGAUUGUCAUGACUGCCCAUUUGGAGACAUGGUGACGUGCGUGAUAGACCCUUGUACCGUCAUGACCUGCGACAAAUAUCCAACAGCCAAGUGUCAAGUGAACUACUGCGGGGAAUGCAAAGCAAAAUUUUUCGAUGAUCAAGGGAAUCAACUGAAUUGCGGAACCACUUGCCAGUAUAAAGGACAGAAUUACAACGAACAGGAUCAACGAGAUCACGAAGAUGCGUGCAACACUUGUACCUGUUUGAAAGAUGGAACGUGGGCUUGUACAGAAAAAGCAUGUCAAAACACCAUUCUUCAAUUGGGCUUCAGUUUAGCAUUCGAUUUCGACCGUAUCGAGAACAACCAAGAAGAAUUUAAAAAUGACAUUAAAGACACGUUGGCAUCAAGAUUUGGAAUCCCAAAAGAAAAUAUCAAAGACAUACAGGUAAAAGAAUAUUAUACUUUUUGA